AGAAUAUCGUACUGAGGCUCCAGCUGGCGUUUAAUGUAUGUUGCUAGGUCAAGGUUUGCCUUCAUUACCAAUUUCCUAUGGCAGCUUAAUCUUAAUUGAGAAAUCCAUGUUUGGUUGGAGAUGAUUAGGGAUUGGCUGUAUGCAUUGGUGGUUCAUAAAGCUCUUGGAAAAUGGAAUCCUAAUUGUUAAAUUAGCUCACACACGGGGCAUUUGGAAUGGAAAUCCAGGAUAAGCAGUGGAAUAUUUGUUAUAUUUUAGCCUUUUGCUCUUUAAAGGGAACGUGCCACAAAAGAAGGGCCCCUGGAAGAUGCUAUUGAUGAUGAAGAAGAAGAUUGUCUCUCUGAGGAAAACGAUCUUGUCUCCAAAGAAGAUUUUCCAUUGGAGGAAAGUUUUGCAUCAGAGUUUGAGCCGGAGAAUAUGAGCUGUGAGGAUGUGGAGUUUUUCUGUAAUAAAGGGGAUGAAGAAGGUAGCCAUGGCACAAAUGAGUCAGACGGGGAAGUGCAAAACGAAAAAAAGAGUCAGACCCGAACAGAAUCAGAAGACUGGGAUGGACCAGGAGAGCUGGAGAUGUGCCAGAAGGACGGGGAGCGCAAGAUUCACAGUCGGCAGCAGCUUCCAGUUGGAACAACUUGGGGGCCGUUCACUGGCAAGAUGGAUCUAAAUAAUGAGAGCAGCCCUUUGAAGACAAAGCCUCCUGUUCCAGUGUCCCUGACAGAUGGUCCAAAAUGGCUGCUCGAUGUGACUUGGCAGGGUACAGAAGACAACAAGAACAAUUGCAUCGUGUACAACAAAGGAGGACAACUGUGGUGCACGACUACCAAGUCUAUCGCCGAGGGGGAAGAGUUAAUUGCCUUUGUUGUGGAUUUUGACUCAAGGCUACAAGCUGCCACUCAGAUGACUCUUACUGAGGGAAUGUAUCCGGCGCGCUUGUUGGACUCAAUACAACUGCUUCCUCAGCAAGCUGCUAUGGCUUCUAUAUUGCCUACAGCCAUUGUAAACAAAGAUAUUUUCCCGUGCAAAUCCUGUGGAAUUUGGUAUCGGAGUGAACGGAACCUGCAAGCGCAUCUCAUGUAUUACUGUAGUGGAAGGCAAAGAGAGAGUGCACACCUACCGGAAGACAUUGAAGAGAAUACUCACCAACUAUCCAGUAUAUGUCCCUUCCCGCAGUGCACCAAAAGUUUCUCAAAUGCAAGAGCUUUGGAAAUGCAUUUAAAUUCUCAUAGUGGUGUUAAAGCUGAAGAGUUUCUUCCUCCCGGGGCCAGCUUGAAAUGCACAAUUUGUAACUACACUGCCGAAUCCGUCAUUAACUUUCACAAGCACCUGUUCUCACAUCUCACUCACGCUGCCUUUAGAUGCAAUCAGUGCCAUUUUGGCUUUCAGACUCAGAGGGAACUCCUACAACACCAGGAGCUUCAUGUUCCAGGAAGUAAACGGGAAGCUGACACGGAACACUCUCCCAGUGAGGCAAAUGCAUUACAGACGUCGGAGCUGUUGAAUAAAAAUGAGAUCCUUCAAAGCCAAAAGCCUGCGCAGAAUAAAGAGGCAAGCUCCGACAGUGAGCUGGAUAAGUGUGAAAAGAAACAGCAUGUUUUCCUUUCCAACCAGAGGCCCGAGACAACUCAUAAGAACGUCUUUUCAUACACUAAAAUAAAGUCUGAGCCCUCUAGCCCCAGACUUGCUUCAUCCCCAGUACAGCCUACACUUGGGCCUUCAUUUCCCAUGGGACCUUUCCUUUCCCAGUUUGCUUUUCCUCAUGACAUAACUGUGGUCCCACAAGCUUCAGAAAUACUUGCUAAGAUGUCUGAACUGGUGCAUAGAAGGCUUAGACAUGGCAGCAAUAGUUACCCCCCUGUCAUUUAUAGCCCCUUAAUGCCCAAGGGGGCAAUGUGCUUCGAGUGCAAUAUUACCUUCAACAAUUUUGACAACUAUUUGGUCCAUAAAAAGCACUACUGCAGCAGCCGUUGGCAGCACAUGACAAAAUCUGAUUUUGCAAAUGUUUCAGAGAAAAACCCAGAAGCUGUGAGUCCCUCCAGUGCACAGAACACGGUCAAUAUUCUUAACUCGUCUCUGCAUUCUCCUGACACUGAAAAUCAGCUUCUGCAAACACCUUGCAUCAGCUCUGGGGCCAUGUUAGAACUCCUAGGGUCGAACGCUAAAUCUCGAGAGAAGGAAUUUGCAGCAGAAGUUAAAAAGUUGACAGCGGGAAGUCCCACUGAUGAAAAAGUCAACGGCAAACCUGCCGAGGUUAAAAAUUCCACCACUCCACAAUUAGAUGGGGACACAAGUGACCCAAACAAAACUACCUGCGAAGCCUGCAAUAUAACGUUUAGUAGACUUGAGACAUUUAUGGUCCAUAAACAGUAUUAUUGUGCAACACGCCAUGAUCCCCCAUUAAAAAGAACAGCUGCAAACAAAGUGCCUGCCAUGCAGAGAACUAUGCGCACCAGGAAGCGGAGAAAGAUGUACGAGAUGUGUCUUCCUGAGCCAGACCAGAGGCCACAGUUAGUCCAACAACAUUUUCUCCAGGUGACAGCGAACCUUGGCAAUGCCUGUACAUCUGCACAGGAAUCGGGGGAGGGACUGGGAGAAUGUUAUCAUCCCAGGUGUGAUAUCUUUCCAGGAGUUGUUCCGAAGCACUUGGAAACAUCCCUUUCUAUUAAUAAAUGUGUCCCCGUUGUGAAAUGUGAGACCCUCCAUUCAGCCAUUUCCACUCUGGAGACAGAUGCCCCAAUAGACCUAAGCAAGAAAUGUUUAGCCCCGUCUGACCAAAUAUGCACAUCUCCGAAACGACUUCUGGACUAUCAUGAAUGCACCGUGUGCAAAAUUGGUUUUAACAAAGUGGAAAACUACCUAGCUCACAAGCAAAAUUUUUGCCCCGCAAAUCAACACAAUGAUGCGGCCCACCAUGAGAAUAACGUUUUCCCCAACCCCAAGAGCGAAAGGAGCAGCCCUGAGGCCAAUUUUGAUAGAAAUGUCAUAAAAUGUGAAAAGACUAGAAACUCCAAACAGUUGUCUCCUAAUGGGAACUUCUUUUCUACGCACUUAGCAACUCUUCAAGGUCUUAAAGUCUUUAGCGAGGCAGCCCAGCUUAUCGCCACAAAAGAAGAAAACAAAAAUGCAUUUCUUUCUCAAUGCCUUUACCCCGGAGCAAUAAAAAAAGCUAAAGUAGCAGAUCAGCUCUCGCCGUAUUAUGGAAUCAAGCCAAGUGAUUACAUUUCUGGUUCUCUUGUUAUUCACAAUGCGGAUUUAGAUCAAAGCACAAAUGUCGGAAGCGAGUCUCCCAAAAGUCAGAUACCUUCAAAUGGAUGUUCUUUGAUGAAGAAAGAGUCACUCCCUUUGUUGCCAAAAAACCGAGGCAUGGUAAUAGUCAAUGGUGGACUGAAACAAGAGGAGAGACCGGCCAUCAAUUCGCAGCAAGAAAACAUUUCCCAGAACCCAGCGCAAGAAGACGCCAGCAAAUCACCAUCUUGGGUCUCUGACAAGCCACUAACGGCCAACGAAAAUGUUUCUCCAUCAACUCCUUCGACUGAGGACCAGCUCUCCAACCUAUCAAAAAAUAUAAAUGGCUCCAGUCCAGCUGCUAAUAGUGGGAAGUACUGCCGCUUGUGCGAUAUCCAGUUCAACAACCUCUCAAACUUUAUUACUCACAAAAAGUUUUACUGCUCUUCACAUGCGGCGGAACACGUCAAAUAGGGAGAGAUUUUGGUAGCGCGAAGUGUGUUGUUUCAUGCAGUCAAAUGAAAGGAUGCUGCUUAAAUUACAUCUGGACAAUCAGGAUAUCCAUUUAUUCUUAAUGACUUGAAGAUUUAAGGUGUUAUUCCAUAACGGUUAUGUGUAAAAGUGUAUUAAUGGUGCCAUUUUAUUUUUGUUCCAGAUAUUUAUUUUACCAGCAGUGUUUAUACAGUUGUACCCAACACUGACCUCCUGCGCUCAAGUCGUGGCUAAGGAAAUAUAUAUAUAUAUAUAUAAAUAUAUAUAUAUAUAUAUAUAUAUAUAUAUAUAUAUAUAUACAUACUGUAUAUUGACCAGUCUGGCUAUCCAGGUCCAGGAGGCAGUGUUGGACCCAACUGCAGCUGUGCUUUGGUUAUUUUUAAUUUAAAGAACUUUAUAUUAAAGUCAUUUGUAAUGUUAUUGUAUAGUUAUUGUGUAGCACAUAUGGUUUGCACCUGUAUAGUAGAUUUUAAAUAAUAGAGACACGACGUUAAGAAAAAAGAAAAAAAAAAAAGAAAAAACAUUUUAGGAAUAGCUUCAAAAGCACUUGUGUAUAAGGACUUUCUUUUCUUCUACGCUGUUGCAGAAAGAGUCAAUGUAUGUGUUAAAAUAUAAUCGGCAUAACCAUAUCUUGCCCACGUGCCCCAUCAGGAUAGACUUGCAAGUACUAUGAAAGAGAAGCCAUCAUUGCCAUAAAUAUUGUGGGGGAUCCCUAGUAAAUCUGUUUGACACUAAGCAGGGCUGUCUCUGGCCAUUCUGAACCAAUCCGAUUCCUAGUUUCAUAGUUUAUGAGGCAAAUU